UCUGAACACCGCUAAAAUUAAUAAAAUAUGAACAUUAAUAUACAGCUAAAUUAAUAUAAUAUUUAAUUGUGCCUAUUACUAAUAACAAAAAUCAUCAUGUUCGCUAAACCUUACAAGUUGAAGUCAAAUAAUACUUUAAAAAAUUCUGAAAAGAAACAUCUUGCACAACGCAUUCAAACAUGCUUUCCUGGCACAUCAGACGAAAAAGUCAAAGAAAUAGUUUCUGUAAAAUCGAACACAAGCUGCAUGAAAUUGAUUCUACAUUCUGGCGAUACAGUAGGCGUGUACGUUGUAGAUGGAACGCCUAUGAUCAUUGAACUUGAGGAUAGACUUGUGCCAACAGUAUGUGCCAUGUGGAAAGUACCAGACUUGGUGCCAACUAUUGCCAUUCAUACACCAGUGUUGAGUAAGAUUCAAGGAGGAGCUCCUUUAUAUGCACCAGGGGUAGUUUCAGAUUCUCUCAAAGGCAAGCGUUUUAACAGGGGUGCUAUACUAGCGGUGUGCACAGGUGACAAUUAUGCAGCAGGCCUUGUUGGUAAAGCAGCUGUAUCUUCCACUGAUUUGGCUAGACUGCCCAUGGGUGUGUGUUUAGAAACAAUUCAUGUUUUUGGGGAUAUGCUAUGUAAGGAUGUUAAAUUUAAUAAACUGGAGAGACCAAAGCUCGCUCCACCCAUAUUCUCAGAUGAUACCAAUAUUAUGACAGAAAAUCUAGCUCAGUUGAAUAUACAACCUAUCAAAGAGGAAUGGCCAAGUUUAGUGAAAGAAAACCCCGCAGUACCUGUAGUUAACGAGCCCCAGAUUAUUGAUGACCAGAAAUCUCAGAAGGAUGAAAAGGAAAAGAAUGAUGUAGACAAAGAUAUGGAUCACAAUGAAACUUUUGCAACUGAAUGCUCUGACAAUGAAGAUGAUGGUAUACCUAGUGACAUGGAUGGACUUCUGAGAUGGUGCCUACUCUCUUUCCUUAAGCAUCAAGCCACAAAAGUUGAACUGCCUCUCAAGACUAACUUGUUUUAUAAAAACUAUUUAAUGCCAUUAUGUCCUGAAAAUCACACCCUCGAUGUCAAAAAAUCUAGUUAUAAGAAGAUGGGGAAAUUCUUGGAAGCCAUGCAAAGGGAAGGUCUGGUGGAGACGCGCGAGAUAGAGAAAGGCGUGGACGCGCUCGUCAAACUAAACCCCGCCCACCCGCUCGUGCGUGCGCACCGCACUCCACGAACUGCGCCUGCGCCGACGACAGUCGCGCACGCGCCCGCCAGCCCGCCCGUCAUUCGCGAGCUGUACUGCGUCACCGCUGCUGUCGCCGCCGCUUUGGCUCCGCACAGGAAAGGGACAGCACUAUCGGCGAGCGAGGUGCGUGCGACACUGGUGGAGUACGUGCGCGCGCGCGAGUUGACCGCACCCGAGCGGCGCGGCGCCGUCGUGUUGGACGAUGCGCUGGCGCAGGCGGCCAACAAGCGGCCUCAGGAGGUGCUAAAAUGGGAGGAAAUUAUGACGGGGGUGCUCGGCCGUAUGACCCCCAGCACGGACAUGGUGUUCUCUGACGGCACGCACAAACUCAUCAAGUCCAAGCUCGAGCCCAUCAAGAUGCAAGUGGCCACACGCAGCGGGAAUAAAAAGGUGACGCUGGUAUCGAACCUGGAGGCGUUUGGUUACAACCUGGUGGAGUUGGCGCAGGCGUGCCAGCACGGCGCAGCGGCGUCCUGCGGCGUCACGCGCAGUUCGGGCGCUAAGGCUGACCAGCUACUGUUGCAAGGCGACCAGACUCACUUUAUUGCAAAACUUUUAAUAGAGAAGUAUGGGCUGCCCAAGAAAUUUUUGGAAGGUGCUGAUAAAGCUCUCAACAAGAAGAAAUAAUGCAUUAAUAUUUUUGUGAUAAUCCUUGUAUGUACAUAAUUACAUGUGUAAGGCAAAUAAAAAAAUAAUUUUUAUUGAAUAAACUUUAUUGUUACUCAA